AUGUCACAAAAUAUUGUACAAGAAAUGGCCGCUUCUCUGCGGUCAAAUAAAGCCCAAUUGGAGGUAGUAAAUGUUCAGUUGUCACAGCUCGACAGACAAAAAAAACUGGCAAAGCUGACGGCGCAAGAGCUUGAAUCGUAUCCCGUUGGGAAAGUCUGGAGGUCGUGUGGGAAAGCGUUUGUGCUGCAAGAUAGGUCUACAUAUACUGGAGAUCUGGCGAGCGACGAAAAAGUGGUAGAAGAUCAAUUGAAGGCAUUGAAGAUCAAGCAGAAUUACUUGCAGACUACCGUGGAUAACACGUUAGACAAUCUCAAACGUGUUAUGGAACAGAAAUGA